AUGGACAAAUCAAUAACACGCUCUUAUUAUCGCAAUUCUGUGGGUGGCUUGCUAGUGUUUGACAUCACCAAUCGACGAUCUUUUGAACAUGUGAAAGACUGGCUAGAAGAAGCAAAAAUGCACGUGCAGCCCUUUCAGAUCGUGUUUCUGUUAGUAGGACAUAAAUGUGACCUCAUGUCACAGCGUGAGGUUACGAGAGAAGAAGCUGAAAAACUGUCAUCUGACUGUGGUAUGAAAUAUAUAGAAACUUCAGCAAAAGAUGCCACGAAUGUUGAAGAGUCCUUUACAAUUCUUACACGAGACAUCUAUGAACUUGUAAAAAAAGGAGAAAUCUCAAUACAAGAUGGAUGGGAAGGUGUCAAGAGUGGCUUUGUUCCAAAUGUUGUACAUUCAUCAGAAGAAGCUGUAAAGCCCAGAAGGCAGUGCAUCUGCUAAUCUGUAGCAUGCCAAAGAGCACAUGGGGUGUUCAGAAGAUGAUGCCAACCUAAAUAACAGAAUAAUAAUUCUGAAACAAUAUUAGAUCAUGACAUAGCUGAAUCAUAGAACAGUGAUUUGGUUUUGUAUCCUUCUGUCUAGGUCAUAACUUCUUAAAACUUUGAGUGCUUUUUUCUUUUCAGAGUACAAUAACUUUGUGUGGUCUUCAGGAAAAGAAAUUAUAUAUUGCUAAAGGAAAAACUAAUCCUACAGCAAGACACUGAGAAAGCGCAAUAAUCGUCGUGACAUCCUCCUCUCUUGGGCUUUGCAUUUUGAAUACUGCUUAAAAUCAAGGCUUGCUAGGUGAGGAUCAGAUGAGCUCAUUACUUUUGUUCAUACCGCCUUAGUUUUGGACAAGAAUAUAUUAUACCUUAUACUUUUCUAAUGUGAUUCUUUUUACUCAAGUGCAGGGUUGCUAAUGACCAUUAAAGUUUAGAAUGCUGUAGAAUUUCGUAAUAAAUAUAACUCUAAAGAAAGCAA